UCUUCCAACAUCACCCGAUUCACUGAGGCAACUCACUCGACUCAUCUUUUUCCGGAUUUCUGAUUCGUGGUCGCAAAAUACACCAUUCAACCAUUCAACGUGGUCACUCACUCACUAGUCACUACAACAAUCUUCAUGUUUUUCUAAUUUCUAUUUUAAUCUGGGUUCACCAACAAACUUCCAAAGAUGAGAUUUUUUCACCCCAUUAAUAGAAAGCUCACUUUUGCUCUACAAAGUACAAGAAACAAUACUGCACUCAAAUGGAGUAAAUUUGGUACCAUUUUUUCACAGAAGAGAGAUUUCUCAGUAUUACAUGGUAAAUUUAAGGAAGAUGACUCAAUUUUACCGGUUUUAAUCGUGGGUGCUGGUCCUGUUGGUUUAGUUCUCUCUUUACUUCUCACUAAAUUAGGUGUCCGAUGUGCAGUCAUAGAGAAGAGCAAAGCUUUUUCUGUACAUCCGCAAGCUCAUUUCAUCAACAACAGGUCUAUGGAGGUCUUUCGCAAACUAGAUUGUCUGGCUGAGGAGAUACAGCAAUUUCAACCACCUGUAGAUUUGUGGAGAAAAUUCAUAUACUGUACAUCACUUUCUGGUUCUGUUCUUGGCUCAGUUGAUCAUAUGCAACCUCAAGAUUUUGAGCAGGUUGUCAGCCCAGUUAGUGUUGCUCAUUUUUCUCAAUACAAGUUAAUCAGGUUACUGCUGACGAAACUAGAAAAUCUUGACUUCAAAAUUCAUGAUGGUGAUAGACCUAUUAGAGAGAGGGACAUAUUGAUGGGUCACGAGUGCUUGUCCUUCUCUGUGACUGAUCAUUGUAUUAAUGUUACUUCUUCUUUUCACAAAGAGGGGCAGACAUUGAAGAGGGAUAUCCAGUGUAGUUUUCUUGUUGGCACAGAUGGUGCUGGAAGUACAGUGAGGAAACUUGCUGGAAUUGAGAUGCAAGGUGAAAGAGACUUGCAAAAGCUGGUGAGUGUGCAUUUUAUGAGCAAAGACCUGGGAAGAUAUCUACUUAAGGAAAGACCAGGCAUGCUUUUCUUUAUUUUUAACACCGAAGCUAUCGGAGUUCUUGUUGCUCAUGAUCUUCAGCAAGGGGAAUUUGUAUUGCAGGUACCAUAUUAUCCUCCACAGCAGAAUUUUGAAGAUUUCAGUCCCAAGAUUUGUGAAGAUUUAGUUUUUAAAUUGGUCGGCCAUGAGCUUGAAGAUAUAGCUGUAAUUGAUAUCAAGCCAUGGGUAAUGCAUGCUGAAGUUGCUGAGAAGUUCCUGUCCUCUAACAACCGAAUCCAUCUAGCUGGUGAUGCCGCCCAUCGUUUUCCUCCUGCUGGUGGUUUUGGCAUGAACACUGGGAUUCAGGAUGCCCACAAUCUUGCUUGGAAGCUGGCCGCAGUUGUCAAUGGUAUUGCUCCAACUACACUUCUCAAAACAUAUGAAGCAGAACGGAAGCCGAUUGCGAUUUCCAAUACGGCACUUAGUGUUCAGAACUUCAGAGCAGCUAUGGAAGUCCCCUCUGCCCUUGGGAUUGACCCAAAUGUUGCGAAUUCAGUGCAUCGUGUUAUUAAUGAUGGUCUGGGCUCAAUCCUGUCAUCCAGAGUUCAGAGAGUGAUUCUGGAUGGGCUAUUCAGUAUAGGCCGAGCACAGCUUUCAGAAGCCAUUUUGAAUGAGAAAAACCCAGUGGGCCUGUCAAGGCUUGCCAGAUUGAAGCGAAUUUUUGAAGAAGGAAAGAGCCUGCAACUCCAGUUUCCUGCUGAGGAUCUUGGUUACAGAUACAAGGAGGGAGCUCUUGUAUCUGAUGGACACGCCAUUCACGAUGCAGAUAGUGUCCCCACUGGUCGCCGGAGGGAUUAUGUACCAUCAUCAGAACCAGGUUCACGACUUCCUCAUAUGAAAAUGAGAUUGUUAUCAAGCGUCUCUGACGAGGAUACAUUUUCUACAUUGGAUCUUGUAUCUGUGGACAAACUCGAAUUCGUUCUUAUCAUAGCACCGGUGGAAUCAUCCUAUAAUCUAGCUCAUGCAACGCUAAAGAUUGCCGAUAAAUUCAAAGUUCUUGUCAAGGUAUGUGUAAUAUGGCCAGGCAACCGUGCCAACAACUCUGCACCGUGCUCGGUAGGAAAUUACAUGAACAUUAUAGAGGUGAAGAAAUUGCCAAAUUCGCCAUCAUGGUGGGAAUUGUGUGGAAUGAACGAUAAAGGAGCAAUUCUUGUCAGGCCUGAUGAGCAUAUUGCUUGGCGUGUAAAGUCAGAGGUUCGAUACCCUAGUUAUGUAAUGGACAGGGUUUUUUCUGCAGUUCUGGGACAUACAAAGGAAGUCUCAGAAGUUUUUGCUGCAUAGGAAGAUUAAAGGCUGUUAGCAACACUACUAUAGCCUAUAGGAAAUUCUUUGAUGAUAUUAUAGAUGUAGUUAUAAAAUACAUUGUAGAUCUAUAGUACAUCUUAACUUUGUCAUUAUAAAUAAAGUUUUAGUUCAUA